AUGCCUACCAAACAAGACAUCCAACAAUACAGAGGAGCAAUAAUAGCCGAGCAACAGUUAUUUAAUGAUGAUCGUCUGACCCUCCUGUACCAGUCUAAAUUUAUCAAGGUGUAUUCAGAAUCCACAUCCAGGAGACCAGAUGAUAUAUAUGAAUACAGGAUCAGCACUACAGGAGCAAAAGUUUUUGAUGAAAUCUACAAUCAGAUAGCAGAACAGAUUACAGCAGAAGAUAAUGACAACUCAUACUGGAAUAGCUUAGGAGAAGAAGAGCUACACAACAUAGAUAACAUGAUGGAUGCAUGA